AUGGUGACUGGCUUAUUGAGGAGACACACUAAGAAAGGAGGGAUGGAGAAGAGACGCAAUGAGAACACAAUGAUGCAGAGCAGAUACACAGAGAACAGACUCUACAACAGUAGGAUGGAGUUUGCACGUGCUACAAGAGCUAGUCUGCUGGGGUCGCUAACUCCUGAGUACUUCAGUCAAGGAUGGUUGUUCCCAGAAUGGGCCUACAGGUCUGAGUCCAGCCCUGGGAGCAGACAAAUUCAGCUCUGGCAUUUUAUUUUGGAUUUGCUCCAGAGGGAAGAGUAUCGAGAAGUGAUAUGCUGGCAGGGGGAAUAUGGACAAUUCGUGAUCAUAGACCCUGAGAAAGUGGCGAGACUGUGGGGGCAGCGAAAGGGGAAAAAGCACAUGAAUUAUGACAAGCUAAGUCGUGCUCUCAGGUAUUAUUAUAACAAGCAGAUUCUGCAGAAGACAAAGGGGAAACGUUUCACCUACAAGUUUAACUUCAGUCACCUGUUCCUUGUUCAUUACCCAAUCUGGGAUGUGAAUAACAGACACCUCACGCUAUCUGGGCUCCAGUCCUUGCCCUCGCCCAUACCUCUAUCCCCACCUCUAUCCGAGUCCACACCCCUGCCCUUUCCCACACCAAUGGCAGUGCCCCCUCGCUUAUCUCUACCCAUACCCCUAUACUUUCCCAAACCAUUUCUGCCCAUGCCUCUGGCUGUGCCCCCUUCCCAAUCUCUGCCCACUUCCCUGAUCCUGAACCGGCCUCUGUUUGUGCCACUGCUCCUGGCUCUGCACACUCCACAGAAUCUUGGAUCUGAGUCCUUCCAGGCUGCUCAGCUCCGAAUCCGGGUUCCCUCAGAGGAUCCUCAGAUAUUGGACUCCUUCAAUAUUGGGUUUCCCUGA